UUUUUUAAUUUUACAGCACUUGUUGUGUUGCCUAUCGUUAUCGAUGACAAAACUUUAUUAUUAUUUUGAGCAAAAUGGGAAGUCCGGAAUUACCUACAGAUCCUGGCCAAGAGGUAUUUCCAACGCCAGCGGUGGAUCAUCCGCGAAAUGGCGUGGAGAGCGAGGAUGACGAUGAUUCAGAUGCCUACGAUGGGUACCAACCACUUGCAUUGGAUGAUGAUGAUGGAAUGGACACUGAGGAUAAUCCCCCAGAACCGGAGGCUCCAUCUGCGGAUAACGACGAGGACAUUGAUUUGAUGACAGCUCCAGUCACUCAUGGUGAUCCUAACAUGCCGUCAAUCGAGCCAGCGGACGUGGAAAUUGAGCGUCAAGUGUGGAGUGAGCCAAGACCAAGGGAACUUCAAAUAGAUCUGGAUAAAACGCGAACAGAACAGAUCCUUAAAGCCAUGUCCACAAUAACAUUGCCCAACAUCACGGUUCCAGAUUGGGCCAAAGGAGUGCCCGAAGAACGCUGGAAACAUGAACUCCUAGACCGGAUAAGCAACCGUCAACAUGGACCAGAACCUUCCUCGUCCGCGGAGAAUCCACAGCAUUCCAAGUCCAAAAAAGAUUAGCGUGUAUACUGUGUAUUUAGAAAAAACGUUCUCCAAUAUAUGUUUAAUUUAGAAUGA